GUUCAUAAAUCGGAGAAGAAGAGAGAGAAUUUUCUCGAGAGAAGAAAAGAAAAAGAAAAAGAAAAGGGAAAAUCACUAUCGUUUCCCCUUUUUUUUUUUUUUGAUGGUUUUUCUUUUCUUUCAUGAUCCGGUUCUGAAUUUUCUCGCGAUCCGAACAAGCGACAACAAUGCUCUCGUUGCAAGCCGAUCCUCGGCUCCACCAUGGCCAGUACCAGAAUCAGCAGCCACCGCCGCUGCCGUCGCCGUCGCAGACGCAGCUUAAUUUGGUGCCUUACGGCGAUGAGGUUCUGGCUCUUCGUUCCGAUGUUGCUGCCUCUGCUUCUGCUUCGUCUUCUGUUAAUGUCAUCAAGCAGUCUCAGCCCUUGGAUUCUCGCGAAGUCAAUGAAGACAUGCUCAUGUCUCUGGCUCACCAGAAGUACAAGGCUGGAAACUAUAAGCAAGCAUUAGAGCAUAGUAAUGCUAUUUAUGAAAGAAAUCCUCGGCGCACAGAUAAUCUCCUUCUCUUGGGUGCAAUCCAUUAUCAGCUACAUGAUUUUGAUACAUGCAUUGCAAAAAAUGAAGAAGCUAUUCAAAUUGAUCCCCGCUUUGCUGAGUGUUAUGGAAACAUGGCAAAUGCUUGGAAGGAGAAGGGCAACAUUGAUGUUGCAAUCCGCUACUAUUUAAUUGCUAUUGAGCUUCGACCAAAUUUUGCUGAUGCAUGGUCAAAUUUAGCAAGUGCAUAUAUGCGUAAAGGGCAAUUUAACGAGGCAACUCAAUGUUGUCGCCAGGCUCUUGCACUGAAUCCACGUUUGGUUGAUGCACACAGUAAUCUUGGGAAUUUGAUGAAAGCUCAAGGAUUAGUUCAAGAGGCUUACAGUUGCUAUGUCGAGGCUCUUCAUAUUCAGCCAAAUUUUGCAAUUGCAUGGUCCAAUCUUGCUGGCCUUUUUAUGGAGGCUGGUGAUCUUAACAGAGCUCUUCAAUAUUACAAGGAAGCUGUAAAGCUUAAACCAACAUUUUCCGAUGCCUAUCUAAACCUUGGAAAUGUUUACAAGGCUCUAGGAAUGCGUCAAGAGGCAAUAGUAUGCUUCCAGCGUGCUCUUCAAGUGCGACCAGAUUUUGCCAUGGCCUAUGGCAAUUUGGCAAGUAUUUAUUAUGAGCAAGGCAACCUAGAAAUGGCAAUUUUCAAUUAUAAGCGAGCAAUUGCAUUUGAUUCUGGAUUCUUGGAGGCAUUUAACAAUUUGGGCAAUGCGUUGAAGGAUGCUGGAAAAGCUGAUGAAGCAGUGCAAUGCUAUCGUCAAUGUCUUACACUGCAACCUAGCCAUCCACAAGCUCUUACUAACCUUGGGAACAUAUACAUGGAAUGGAACAUGAUGGGUGCUGCUGCCUCAUGUUAUAAGGCAACGUUGUCUGUGACAACAGGACUUUCUGCUCCUUUCAACAAUUUAGCAAUUAUAUAUAAACAGCAGGGCAAUUACACAGAUGCUGUAUCUUGCUAUAAUGAAGUUCUCCGAAUUGAUCCUUUGGCGGCUGAUGCACUUGUCAAUAGAGGGAACACAUAUAAAGAGAUUGGGAGAGUUAAUGAAGCCAUUCAAGAUUAUAUUCGAGCCAUCAAUAUCCGACCUUCAAUGGCAGAAGCUCAUGCUAAUCUAGCUUCUGCUUACAAGGACAGUGGCCAUGUUGAAGCUGCUAUAAAAAACUAUAAGCAAGCACUUUUUCUACGUCCUGAUUUUCCAGAAGCAACUUGUAACCUUUUACAUACAUUACAGUGUGUUUGUGACUGGGAUGAUCGUGAAAAUAAGUUUAUUGAAGUUGAAGGAAUUCUGAGAAGACAGAUAAAGAUGUCUCUUAUUCCUAGUGUGCAACCUUUCCAUGCAAUAGCCUAUCCAAUUGAUCCAAUGCUUGCACUGGAGAUAAGUCGUAAAUAUGCUGCACACUGCUCUGUCAUUGCAUCUCGUUAUUCUCUUCCUUCCUUCAAUUAUCCAGCAGCCUUGCCCGUAAAGAGCGAAGGUGGAAGUAAAAGGCUAAGGGUCGGGUAUGUUAGCAGCGACUUUGGUAACCAUCCUCUGUCUCAUCUGAUGGGUUCUGUCUUUGGUAUGCACGAUAGAGAGAAUGUUGAGGUCUUUUGCUAUGCUUUAAGUGCAAAUGAUGGAUCUGAAUGGAGGCUGCGUAUCCAAUCAGAAGUGGAGCAUUUUAUAGAUGUCUCAUCCAUGUCAUCUGAUAUGAUUGCCAGGAUGAUUAACGAGGAUAAAAUACAGAUCCUUGUCAAUCUUAAUGGUUAUACUAAGGGGGCAAGAAAUGAAAUAUUUGCCAUGCAGCCGGCCCCUAUACAGAUUUCUUACAUGGGAUUUCCUGGAACUACAGGCGCGGACUAUAUACAUUACCUGGUUACUGAUGAGUUUGUGUCACCUUCUCAAUUCAGUCAUAUUUAUUCAGAAAAGAUUGUCCAUCUUCCUCAUUGUUACUUUGUAAAUGAUUACAAGCAGAAAAAUUGUGAUGUGUUAGACCCGAACUGCAAACCCAAGAGAUCUAGCUAUGGGUUACCUGAGGACAAAUUUAUAUUUGCUUGUUUUAACCAGCUAUACAAGAUGGAUCCUGAUAUUUUCAAUACAUGGUGCAACAUCCUUAAGCGAGUACCAAAUAGCGCACUUUGGCUUCUCAGAUUUCCUGCUGCUGGCGAGUCGAGACUCUGCAAUUAUGCUGUUCAAAGAGGUGUACAACCAGAUCAGAUUAUUUUCACAGAUGUUGCCAUGAAGGGUGAACAUAUCAAACGCAGUGCUUUAGCAGAUUUAUUCUUGGACACGCCAUUAUGCAAUGCGCACACCACAGGCACUGAUGUUCUAUGGGCUGGUCUUCCAAUGGUGACCCUUCCACUUGAGAAAAUGGCUACAAGAGUAGCGGGUUCACUUUGUCUGGCCACUGGUGUAGGAGAGGAAAUGAUAGUUAACAGUUUGAAAGAGUACGAAGAAAGAGCAGUAUCGCUGGCUCUAAAUCGUCCAAAACUCCAAGACCUUACCAAUAGACUCAAAGCGGCUCGCAUGACUUGUCCUCUAUUUGACACGACACGCUGGGUGAGAAAUUUUGAAAGAGCGUAUUUCAAGAUGUGGAAUCUGUACUGCUCAGGUCAGCAUCCUAAGCCAUUUAAAGUGACCGAAAAUGAUUCAGAGUUUCCAUUUGACAGAUAGAAAUUAAGAGUCAGUAGUAGACGGUUAUUGUAAAUAAAGUAAAAGAGUCAUGAUCAUAUAUAUAUAUUCUCCCCAGUAGGUUAGUUUGAUUUAUUGUCCAAAAUAUAAUUAACACACCCCUUGUUGGAAUCACUAUUUAUUGGAUCAGGAUUUCUUGUU